AUGGCAAACAAUAAAACAGAUAUUUUAUAUCUCUUUGAUCGACCUUGUGAGCCAGCCUAUGUACCUAAGGGAGAGAAGAAAGUUGCCUUCAAUAUACCAUCUGAUUAUUUGGCUGAUAGGUACCGCCCCGUAGCAACCCAAGUAUUCAACCGUUUUGCUGAUGAUACGAAUUCAAAGAUUUCAGUAAAACAAAUUACGCUUCCGGAUAUUAGUAUUCCUAUGCAAUUGGAUCGACGUGAGCCAUUUUCGUUAUUUCUUCCAGCACAUCGAAAACUAGCUGCGCGGCUUACCAACAUUUUCAUGGGCAUGCGGACGUACGAGGAUUUCUUAUCAGUAGCUGUGUAUUGCCGCGAUCGUGUAAAUUCCCAAAUGUUUAUUUAUGCUCUUUCAGUAGCUAUAUUACAUCGUCCCGAUACAAAAGAUUUGCCGAUACCACCUUUGACUGAAGUAUUUCCAGACAAAUAUGUUGAUGGUGCAAUUUUUAAUAGAGCUCGGGAGGAAGCCAAUCUUGUACCUUCAGGAUCAAGGAUUCCAAUCGAUAUUCCUAGAGAUUACACUGCCUCAGAUCUUGACGAAGAACAUCGUAUUGCUUACUGGAGAGAAGAUAUUGGGAUUAAUCUUCAUCAUUGGCAUUGGCAUUUGGUCUAUCCAUUUGAAGGAGAUAUUAAAAUUGUCAACAAAGAUCGUCGUGGAGAACUAUUCUACUACAUGCAUCAACAAAUCUUGGCCAGGUAUAAUUGUGAACGUUUGAGCAACCGGCUUGGGCGUGUAAAACGAUUUAUUAAUUGGCGUGAGCCAAUCCCCGAAGCUUAUUUCCCAAAGUUGGAUUCUAUUGUUGCUGGUCGUACAUGGCCCGCACGUCCUAGUGGCGCCGUUCUUCGGGAUAUCAACCGACCAGCGGAUCAAUUAAAUUUCGACAUACAAGAUUUAGAAAGAUGGCGCGAUCGUAUAUACGAAGCUAUUCAUACCGGCUCGGUGAUUAGUACAAAAGGUGAACGAAUACAAUUGACCGAAAAAAAUGGUAUUGACAUAUUAGGAAAUAUAAUGGAAGCUAGUAUCCUGUCCCCGAAUCAAAACAUCUAUGGAGAUCUUCACAAUUUUGGUCACAUUGCUUUCGCUUAUUGCCAUGAUCCGGACCAUCGUUAUUUGGAGAGAUUUGGUAUAAUGGGCGAUACUGCCACUGAUAUGAGGGAUCCAAUAUUCUAUCGAUGGCAUGCUUUUGUCGAUGAUGUUUUCCAAGAAUAUAAAAAUACUCUACCAGAGUAUACUGUACAGCAGUUGGAUUAUCCAGGCGUCGAAAUAUUAGAUCUUCGAUUGACAACUAAUCAGCGGCGCAACGUUUUAAAUACCUUCUGGACUCAAAGUGUCGUAGAUUUGUCUCGUGGAUUAGAUUUCACACCGCGGGGGCCAGUACUCGCUAGAUUUACUCAUUUGAAUCAUUCCGAUUUUAAAUAUACGAUUAUUGUUAAUAAUCGCAACAAUACGCCACGAAGAGGAACAGUACGGAUUUUCAUUGCUCCUAAGGAAGAUGAACGUGGGCUACCUUUUACUUUCCGACAGCAGAAGAAUUUAAUGAUUGAAAUGGACAAAUUUUCUAUAAUACUUCGGCCAGGACAAAAUACAAUUGAGCAUAACUCAACGGACUCAUCGAUAACAAUACCUUUUGAAAGAACUUUCCGGAAUUUGGACGAGAAUAGACCGAUUAGUGGAGAUAAUUUGGAGCUUUUCAAUUUUUGUGGAUGUGGAUGGCCACAACAUAUGUUGGUUCCUAAAGGAAACCGAGUAGGCUACCCGAUGGAUCUUUUUGUUAUGAUAUCAAAUUAUAGCGAUGAUGCUGUCGAACAGGAAGAAUCAUCAGGUUGUAAUGAUGCAGUGAGUUUCUGUGGGUUAAAAGAUAGGAAAUAUCCCGAUGCUCGUCAGAUGGGGUACCCCUUCGAUCGCCAGCCUCGACAAGGAGUUGAAACACUACCACAAUUUCUCACUGGAAACAUGGCAAUCACAGAAAUAAUUGUUAAGUUUACAGAUACCGUUGUGCCCAGAUCUAGAUCUGAAAGUACGGAAAAUACAUUGACCUUUGUCUAA